CUGAUUUUGCAGAUCUGUCAAGCGUGCUAAACUUUGUUGGAUUAACUUUAUACUGUGCUGCCUAGUUGUGAAAUGAUUUCUGUUUCAACACGCGAGAUUUGAUUAGUUGUAGUGUUCAGUAUAAACGGAGAAGUGUCUUACGUGUGACUUUAUCAUGAGCUACAUUACAAGACAAUAUUGUACAGUGGAGGGGAAUACUGAAACUUUUGUCCAAACGCUAUUUAGCUUAUCAACUGCUAGUCACUUAUGCUAGCUAGGGUACACAUGUAACUUGAGCCAACUAGCUUAUCUAACGGUAGAGUAGCGUCUGUAACAUCGUAUUGUUAACGUUGGUUUUCACAGGGCAAGACCUGCUUAUGAAUGUAGUCCAUCUGUGUGCCAUACACGUUUGCCUUCUGAUAAGUGGAAUGUAUAUCUUUAAGUGGUAAACUCUACAAGUUCUGUAAGAAACAUUACUUUAUGUUGAACAGACCUGGUAGCGGUAACGUUUUUUCGGUUUUGGCACGGUUUUCAUUACCGUACAUCAAAGCUAGAGCAAAACGUUGGCAAAAUAAACAACUGAAGUCAAACUUACAGCUAGAUGCCAAAUCAUGGAAAAUUACCACGUAUUGGAGAUGAUAGGAGAGGGCUCCUUUGGGCGAGUUUACAAAGGUCGCCGAAAGUACAGCGGACAGGCAGUGGCGCUCAAGUUCAUACCAAAAGUGGGUCGCUCAGAAAAGGAGCUUCGCAGCCUCAAAAGGGAGAUUGACAUUAUGAGAGGACUAAAACAUCCCAACAUAGUAUUGCUCUUGGACAGCUUCGAAACUGACAGGGAGGUGGUUGUUGUGACAGAAUAUGCUGAAGGGGAACUUUUCCAAAUACUCGAAGAUGAUGGCAGCUUACCUGAGAGCCAGGUACGUGCGAUCGCCUGCCAGCUCGUAUCUGCCCUCUUCUACCUGCACUCCCAUCGGAUUCUUCAUCGAGACAUGAAGCCACAGAACAUCCUGCUGGGGAAAGGAGGCGUUGUGAAGCUGUGCGAUUUCGGUUUUGCCCGUGCCAUGAGUGUUUCCACCCUAGUGCUGACCUCCAUAAAGGGCACGCCACUCUACAUGUCCCCGGAGCUGGUGGAGGAGAAGCCCUAUGACCACACGGCCGACCUCUGGUCCCUGGGCUGCAUCCUGUAUGAGCUUCACACCGGGGUGCCCCCAUUUUACACCAACUCCAUCUUUCAGCUGGUGCAGCUGAUCGUCAAGGAUCCCGUGAAGUGGCCGGAGAGCAUGGGUCCGGGCUGCACGAACUUCUUACAAGGUUUAUUGACGAAGGAUCCCCAGAAAAGGCUUUCUUGGCCCCACCUCCUUCACCACCCAUUUGUUGCUGAUGGAGUUCUAGUGCUCUCUGACGAGGGUUCAUCCAGUCCGCUGACCAUCAUUCCGAGUCCAGAUGUGCAGGCCCAGAGACAGCUUCAGGCUGCAGAGAAGACAGCGCCCUCCCAGGGGGAAAGCAAGCUGCUCCGCAAAGCCAGAGAGCAGAGGGACAAAGAGAGGCGAGCCAGACAGGAUCAGACGGGAAUGUCUAAAAUGGUUCCACCCAAUCAGACCCGCUCAAAAACUGCACCAGCUGGAAAAACCCCAUCCUCUGACAACACUUUGACAGCCUGCUCCCAGCCGCCGGCAAAUUGCACUAGGGUCAUAAGGGCGCGCUCGGCUCCGAGUAAAGGUCAGAUCAGCAGGGAUUAUGAGCGGGAGUUCCCCUCGGUGGAUGUCGGCCCCAGACAAGUGAUGAAGCGCACGGGCUCGAGGCAAAGCAACCUGGGCUCUGUGCGGAUGGACAGUGAGGACAUUGACAGUGAUGAGGAAUGGCAGAAGUUUGCUCAAGUGACUGAUUGGACCAGUCAGGUGUUGGUCGACUCCAAUAUCUUGUCCCGCCUGAAGGGGAAACUGCUUGCAUCCAAAGAAAAGCUACUGGAUGGCAUGUUGGAAGGGGCGAGUGAGAUCCGUGAGCCUCUGAAGGUGCUGAGCAAUGUUCUGAUCUCCGACCCGGAGCAAGCCCGCCAAGUAUGUCAGGAAGUUCGUCUGCCACAUUUCCUGUUUGAUCUGAUUGAGGAUGUUCUUGGCACCACAGUGGUCCUGCAGCAAGCUUGGAGUGGAGCAGUUCUGGGAGACCUGAUGUCUGUGGUGCUGGUGUACUGGGAAAGACAUCCGGAGUGGGAAGUCACAGGCAGGAGACUAGAAGAUCUCUCCAAGCUGUUUCUCUCAGUGUUGCUGCGUCCUGACCCCCACCCUCUGGUGCCUCUUUCAGCCUCUGUUCUGACCCUGUUCACACACCGUGGCGUACACGUGGAGGUUGGGACUGACAGGCUGGUGGCCAUGUUGAAACAUUUGCUGACAGACCCUGAGGAGUUUAACUACCCCCUGCCACCCAACUGGGGCAUCUGUGAUGGCUUGCUCUCACUAUUGCUCUAUACUGUCUCAGAGGGUGAAAUAGACUCUUUGUCUUGGCUGCUGGACUCUGGGGUUUGGUGCCAUCUAUGGGUAAAAGUUGGAACCUCACUGGAAAAAACAACCAAGAUGGCCUUUGUGUCGCUCAAUGGACUGUGUGAACUCCUGUCUCUGGCCAUGUUUGCCUUCAGUCGUGAGCCGCACAGCUGCGUCCCCCUGCUCUCAGACAGCUCCACUCUCUGCGUUUCCACCCUCAGCCGUCUGCUGAACACUCACUGCGCCGAGCUGAUUGGCAGCGGCGGGUUCUGGGGCGACGCGGGCACGAGCAGCCUACCCGUGAUGAGCUGCCACCUGCUUUGCUUCCCCUUUGCCCUCGAGAUGUCUCCCGAGAAGGUGGCACAGAUCCUCCAGUCAUACCACAGUGCCAACGUUGUCAAGGGUCUUGUACAGGUCAUACAGUCCUUCCCCCCCUCCCUUCUGGAGCUCCCCCUCACCUUGCUGUGCCGUCUGUCGCUGUGCGACCCUCAGCGCUCCGUGCCCAGCUUCACCGCCGCUGCCUGGGACCGAGGCUUCUUCUCCCUGCCCGGAGACGGAGGGCUGGGCAGGACGGAGCAGAGCCACGGCCAGCUCCACCAGUCUGGUAGCGGCACAGACCGGUCCAAACGACACCUGCCUCCCACAGAGAGGGGCGAGGAUCAGUCAAAGGAAAAGAUGAAGGGUGACGUUAGUAAUUGCCAGCCAAAAAGCAGGACGCCGCAGGCCAUUGGAAGGUCAGACCAAAUGUGGGGAGGGAAUGUCUCCCUGCUGAAAGACAGUCUUGACCAGCACAGUGCCCACGUACAGGAGAUUAUGGACAGUUUGGAGAGUACAGACCUACUCAGUGAGCACAGAGCCCAGCUUAAGAGGACCCAGACCCAGUUCAGAGAGUCCAGAGUUGUAGAUCACCCCACAGGAAAGACAGACCAGCCAAGUGCCUCCGGGGCCGGAGACCAGCCCACAGGGCCCGCUCGGAUCCGGACGGCCAGCGCUCUCCUGUCGCUCCUCCUGGAGGACGUGUCUCUCUCGGGCUGUGCGGCCGAACUGAUCUCCCUCCUGUCGCAGGUGGCUCGCAGCUCCAUCCGCUCCUCGCUGGUCCUCAUCCCCCUGGACCCCGCGCCGCUGCGCGCGGCCCUGCAACACCCGGAGGACAGCAUCAGGGCCGCCGUCUGCAGCCUGCUGGGUAAUCUGGACCCUCUGGUGGGGAUGUCCAAAUCGCACACCGACGACACCAGCCCAAGUUGGACCGCGCAGCCCGUCCUCUUGCAGGACCUCGUGGGCUGCUUAAGCGACUCGUCUCCGUCCGUGAGGAAAAGGGCGUGCAGGGCGGUCGGGACCUGGCUGGGGCUGAUUGCACUGGCAGGGCCCGGAGAGGGAACGCUCGGCCAGUCCCACGAGCCGAAGGCGAACAGAAACACGGGCGCUUCCAGUUGCCCAGUAUGGGGCAGAGGGAGGGGGAGAGGGGAGAGACGGGGCAGCACGGGCAUGUGUGGGAACCGCUCGGCUCUGAGGGGACAGGACAGCGAGGGGUGGGCAGAGGUGGCGCUGGGCGCGGUGGCACCUCUGGUGGUGCUGCUCAGAGACCCCGACGCCCUGACGCGCCAGCACAGCUGCUCGGCCCUGGGCAACGCGGCCGGCCUCCGCGGGGGAAGGGCCGCGCUGCUGGAGGCCGACGCCCAGCGCCUGCUCCUGCACGCGGCCCAGGCCGACUCCCAGCAUGCAGUGCAGAGAGCGGCAGCGGCCACCCUGUGCAUGUUAAAACAGCAGGAUGUACAGGAGCAGGUGAAGGGGUCUGGUGGACAGACACUCGAUACAUGACACAUAAUAUCUCAAAGUACAAGUGUCGCAAUAUGCUGAGCCCCAAAAUGAUGCAACUGUGUUCUCAACAGUGCUGGUCAGAAUAAUGCGGCACAUAAUAUCGCUGACACCAACACAGCUUCUUGUGAAAGCACUUCUCCUCCUUUUUUUUUUUUAUAUAAUGUUUGUUGGAUUUUAUUGUAAGUAUACUGUUGAGAUAUACAAGCCUCCAGAAUAUGUCUGAAGUCACCUGUAGCUAGUGGGGUAAAAGGGUUUAGUCUGAGAUGUCAUGUUUCAAAUGAUGGAUGGGAUGCUUUUUCUCCCAUAUCAGGGAGAGGGGCUGAAAACGGUCUCAGAAGUAAUAUGUGAAAAGUGCCUGAGUGAAAAAGUGAUUUUGAGUGUUAAGUAAUACAUUUAUCAGUUCAUAAAUUAUUUGAAAUGUAUGCUGAGUUAAGCGCCACCAACAGUGACAGUUGAUUUAAAGGUUCUUUAGAGUGUGAGUUGAAAAUAUAUAUAUAUAUAAAAAAAAUACUUUUGCUACAAACUUUGAUAAGAUGGUGUUCAGCCCAGUUAGUUUCAUAUGUAGUGGCUGAGUGGCCCAAGGCUGCCUACCCAGACAUCAGUAUCAUCACUGACAUCAACAUCAACCCCAAUAUCUCCGCCUGUUGCUGAAAACACAGUCCUCAGCACGAGAGACAACUUGCAGAGUGUGCAGAAAACACUGAGGCCCCCAGCAUACACUUACUACAGUAAUGGUGCUCUACCAUUUCUGCUUGAGUCAGGAAGUCAUUAAAUUCAGGACAAUUCAGCUGGAUCUCUGUUCAAAUUCCCCAGGAGCUCAUUAAUCAUUAGACGUCUCCAUUCAGAGACACUUCCAGAAGAGGAAUUAAUCCACGUCACUGGAAAGAGCCACUGAUUACAGUCUAAAGCCUCGCUUAGCCUGUGGCUGUCUGCCGCACCCUGUUCCCACACAGUGUGAAACUCUCUCCAUGUCAAGACCAAGACAUCGAAAUGAAUACUUGCUUGCUAAGAAGUGGUCAACACUAAUAAGAUUCUUGAAAAUAAAAAUAAAUACACCUGAAAA